GUUCGAUAGAAGACGAAUCGUGUUUUUGAGUGUUUGUAAAAUAAAGAAAUAUGAAAAACACAAUAGUCGACUCGCAACCUUACGCACCACCUCCUACAGAUCCACCACCGUACCCUGGCCCACCUGCCGGAGCAAAUUACCCUGGACCACCACCUGGACCGAAUUACAAUGAUCCGACAGCUGGACAUAAUUAUCCUGGCUACCCAAUAUCAAGUCAGCCACAAGUUACUGUUCAUCCAUCUAACACCACAAUGGUCCACGGAACCACAAUAUAUCCAGCUGUUGUUAUUACAAACAAUAUGAGCCCAAAUCCGUCACCAUAUGUAUGUAGAUCAUGUAACCAACAAAUUAUAACCAGGGUUGAAAGAACACCUUCGUUGAGAACACAUUUGUUUGCGCUAAUGCUAUGCAUUAUUGGGUGCUGGCCCUGCGUUUGUCUUCCGUAUUGCGUGGAUACUUGCAAUAACGCUGAGCAUUAUUGUACGAAUUGCAAUGCGUACGUUGGAUCAUACAUCGGAUAAGAGAGAAGGAUACUGGAUCUUUACCACCUGAUAUAUAUAUAUAUUUAGUUUAAUAAUACUUAAGAAAGCUGGAAACGCAACACAGUAACAGCAUUCCAUAUGAACAGGUGGCACAUUUGCUCGUCACUCUACCUACUAUAAAAAAAGUCAAUCAAGCUGACAUUACCGAAUAGAUUUUUAAAUCCAUAAUUUAACGACUCCUCAUGAUUUAACUAAUCACACAAUGUGCGUGUUGUGUGCACUUGCAUAUUUAUAAUAAUACUUAAGAAAGCUGGAACCGCAACACAGUAACAGCAUUCCAUAUGAACCCAUAAAAAUUUGUUAAAUUAUUUUCGUAGUAUCCAUGUAAAUAAAUUUAAAUACACGAAUAUUUAAACUUAAUUACAAUAAUAUAUGAAUAUGAUUAUACACGUACGUUGAUGAUAAAAUACAUUAAUUUACAUGUAUUUAAUUAAUGUUUUUAAAUAUAUACUGUAAUCUAUAAAUUGAUUUGAUAUGACAAAUGUAU